AUGACGUUGCUUGAACGUCACACCAACGCCACUUUUGGAUAUUGUGCCCACUGGACAAGGGUGUCUGCUGACAAGGGUGGCCCUUCAGACAAGGGUGGCUCAUCUGACAAGGGUGACCCUUCUGACAAGGGUGGCUCAUCUGACAAGGGUGACUCUUCUGACAAGGGUGGCUCAUCUGACAAGGGUGACCCUUCUGACAAGGGUGGCUCAUCUGACAAGGGUGACUCUUCUGACAAGGGUGGCUCAUCUGACAAGGGUGACCCUUCUGACAAGGGUGGCUCAUCUGACAAGGGUGGCUCAUCUGACAAGGGUGGCCCUUCAGACAAUUGUGGCUCAUCUGACAAGGGUGACCCUUCUGACAAGGGUGGCCCUUCAGACAAUUGUGGCUCAUCUGACAAGGGUGACCCUUCUGACAAGGGUGACCCUUCUGACAAGGGUGUCUGCUGA